AUGGCGAUUUCUGUGGUUCCCAAAGCCGGAACAACGGCCAAGCCAGACGCGAAGCUCCGAAUCAUCCUAGUUCCUGGCGUGGGAACGUCGCCCCCGGUGGAGGACUGGGGGUUUCUCAAAGGGGUCUGGAGCGAGGAGCUUUCAAUCGACGGUAACCACAUUGAUGUCUCGGGGCAUUAUCCGACUGUCAGCGAUGAGACCAGAUUCAGCGUUCAGCAACUAAUAGAUACUGGAAACGAACUGAGCAAAGUCCUGGACAAGCUGGCAAAAGAAAGCCCGAUCGUCAACUCACAGCUGGCCAGAACGGACGCUACUGUUGAGAAGCUAGUGGGCAUAGAUGCAGAUCAUUUUCAGGCUUGUUAUCUUCUUGAGUGCGGAACUCCGAAUUGGGAAGUCCGGGCAUGGCUCCGUCAAAGGAUCAAGGCAGUCGUCCGGGCUAACGAAAAUACUACGGGAUCACAGCUUUCAUCCAAUAUCAUAGCCUUUGGCGCAACAUCUUUAGAUGACGAUGCUACGACCCAGGUAUCACUGCCGACACCAGAUCCGUCGAGCAUGGAGUCAAUUUUCCGUGGGUUUUCUAGGUCAACCGUGGAACUCGCGCUUCCUUGUCAUAUGAUGGAGCAAUUGUCUCUGAAUAGAGAUUUCCUCGGCCGCGUAGACAUCAUGGACAAGAUUGAUGCCGCGUUAUUACCAGCCAGCAUAAGGAGCAACUCACCGGCAACACAAAGCCAAACACCAACCAUAGCAGCGGUUUUCGGUGUAGCCGGCCUUGGGAAGACUCAGCUUGCAUCGCAAUAUGUAUCCACCCGCAAGCAGAAUUUCGAUGCCAUCUUCUGGAUAUGUGCUGAAAGUGCCGAGAAGCUGGAACUUGACUUUUGCAAGAUAGCCACUCGAAUUCGCCUUGUCCCGGAGAACGAGCCCAGCAACCCGACAUCAGCCAAAGAACUUAUCCACUCAUGGCUCGCUAAACCAACUUGGACAAUUGGCGGUAAAGAUGAUCACGUCAUGUCCCCCAAAUGGCUCUUGGUAUUCGACAACGCAGAUGACCCUCAAAUUCUGGACGAUUAUAUUGAUGUAGACGGGCCAGGGUCGAUUCUCGUAACGUCGAGAAACCCUCUAGCCUGUGAUCUUCCUGGUAAUGUUGUUCCGAUACCCCUGCCUCCUUUCUCAGAAGAGGAAUCCCUGGAGUUCUUGAAAAAGACGUCCAAAGGCCUGAUCAGGUCCCCCAAAGAUCACAAUACCGGACGCCAGCUACAUCAUCAACUGGAUGGGCUCCCUCUCGCUCUAGCUCAAAUGGCGGGCAUCGCGAAGCAACAGUUUCUUUCAUUCUCUGUCCUGAAGCAGCGAUUGGACGAUCAUAAUGAUCGGGGAAAUCUUUUUGAGGUCCAAAUCAACAAGAAUUCUCGCGGCAAUCUUUCAUCCUUGUUCACGAUGGAUGGCUUAGGUGCUGAGCCACAACUCCUUGCUGCCAUCAUUUCUUGCUUUCACCCUGACCACAUUGAAGGGUCCAUCUUCGAUAACCUGUCCUCAGACGAUAUCUUUGGGGGCAACUCACCAAUGAAUCGCAACGACUACUUCAAGGCAAGAGCGACGCUCCUUUAUGCUUCAAUCAUCCGAGAGAACAACGAUUGCACAGCGACACACCUAUCGAUGCAUCGAGUACCUCAACAGGUUAUCAGAGCCAAUUUAUCCAAGAAUCCAGAACAAUUAGCCAAGGUUUUCUCCAUCGCGGUAAAACUUAUUCGCAGCACAUGGCCGAUGUUACCAUUUGAGCAAAGACAUGCGAGGAGACAGGGGCCUGUAUCACGGGAAGUGCUCAGUGAUCAUGUCAAUUCUUUGCAUUACAUGUACGAAACAGAGAAGUCUCUUCUCAUGCCUCGAGUUGAAUCUUUUGAAGACACCGAGUUUGACCUCGGCACAAUUCUGCAAGAAACAGCCUGGUGGCUAUACGAGCGCGGCAACUUCCUCAAAGCGCGUGAAACAGCUGCAAAGAUACUUCUGUUGUGCGACAAGUACGAGGGUGUGGAGAGAUGGCUCGAUCUAUCUGCUCUUGUGUACGACGUCAUGGGAUGCGUUGCGAAUGGGACUAAUCGCCCUGAAGAAUCGGAGAAGUUUAACUCUAAGCAGCUGAUAAUCCGAAAGGAGAUCUCCGGCAAAACGGGUAAGGAAAACUUCCAACUAGGAUACGCAUUCAAUCAGAUGGGAUGUUCCUUGAUGAUGUUCAAGAAGUUUGAAGAAGGUGGUCAAAUGUUCCGGCAAGCAUUGGACAUCUGGCAUAGGGUGCCAGGGUAUCGGAAAGGUCUAGCUUUGAUGGAAUACGCCAACUUUGGUAUGAGUCUAUGGCUUCAAGGGAGAAUAGGCGAAGCUGCUGAGGUCCUUGAGGAAGGACAAAGAGAAAGCGAAGAAGGUCUUGGGAGAUUGAGCAUGGCCUCAUUCAGGCCAGGCAGAGUACUACACGCACUUGGAAACGUUCGACUCAGCCAAGGCCGCAUGGAAGAAAGCGAGCAAUUUCACAAGGAUGCCCUCAAGACGUAUCAGGGAGCUGUCGGCAGCAAGUAUCAUCGAACGGCCGACAUGUGCUACAAGCUAGCACAACACUCUGUUCGGCGGGGUGAUAGGGUUUCACUUAAUAUUGCCAUGUAA